GCCAGCGUGACGAUACGACGUGGAGAUCAAAUAAGAGAAAUAGAGAGAGAAAGAGAAAGAGAGGGAGAGAGAGAGAGAGAGAAAGACAGAGAGAAAAAGAAGAGGCGCACCGUGUGUGGACUCUCGUACUUUCGAAAUAUUUUGUUGUUCUUUUUUUUUAAAAAACAUUUUUCUCUCAUACCGUGGUGGUCAAAUAAAAUAAAGACAUAUAUAUAAAAAAAAAAAAAUAAUAAUAGUAAAUAUGUAUUAUAUUUUAACAUUCAAUACUUCGUGAUUAUUAAUCGUCGAUCGUAUAAUUAAAUUCGCGUGUGGUGAAAUAAAAAAAAAACAUAUUAGUGUGAAAUAGAGAAAGAAAGAAAGAAAGAAAGAUUGAAGAAAAAGGUGAAAUUCCACGAUAAACAUUUAAGAAUUUUUGUUGGUUUUUUCUUUUACCUGUCGACAUAACAAAGAAGAAGAAUUUGAAGAGGAAACAGUGGAGAACCAGGAGGAAACAAGAAAAAGCGGAUCGGUUAAAAUAUCCACGAUGGCAGUCAACGGGCAUCCGGCUGCAAUUUACUUCAUCGCAGUAUUUUAUCUAACGUUUGCAGUUAACGCAAAUGCAACAUCGUUGGAAAUUCUACCAAGUGGUGAUACGCAAACGAAACCAAUCGGAUCGAGUAUUAUAUUAACAUGCAAACCUAACGUCGACAACCUUCGACUGGUCAGUGAUAUGCAUUGGCUGGAUCCACAAAAUCGUGUUAUAGAAUCUCUCAAACUCGUCGUAUUGCCGAUCGAAAGCACGUCACCACUCGUACAUGGUCAUUCGAAACCGGCCAUGUAUACGGAAUUGCAUCAGGACAACAGUCUUUCCCUGUUCUUCCAUUCGCUUCAAGAAGAACAAGCUGGGAAAUAUACGUGCAAGGGAACUUAUGCGAAUUCGGUGCCUUUGAACAAAUCCGUCACGAUCGAUACUAUCGUUGCAAUAACAUUUGACAACGCACCAGAAAAUCAAUAUCCAAUUCUUGGGGAUGAUUUUGCUAUACUUUGCAAAGUACGUGCAAGGCCUUCACCUUCCGUUGAUUGGUUGUUCAAUGGAGAAUUGGUCAAAACGAAUGAUCGUUAUAUCAUCGACACUCAUGCAUUAAAAAUAAAAAAUGUUCAAGAAUCCGAUGACGGUAUUUAUACUUGUCGUGCAUCUGUUCUGACUACUGGUGAACUUAAGGAACGACCAAUACGCGUUGAGGUUCACAUACGUCCAACCAUCGAAGAAAGAUCAACACCAGUCGAUAUAAUCGAGGGUGAAAAUCAAAAAAUCGAAUGCAAAGCCAAAGGCAAACCACCACCAAAGUUCUCCUGGAUCCAAUCGUUGACCAAACAAAAUCUAUCAUCGACUGAUCGGUUUACGGUUAAUCCGGACACAGGUGAUUUGACAAUAACCAACGUAAAUCGUGAAGAUGCGGGUGAAUACGAGUGCACUGCUACGAAUGCAGCUGGUUCGGCAACAACGAACAUAGUCGUUAACGUAAUCGUCAAACCAAAAAUCAUGGAAUUUCCAAAUGAAACGGCAAUACAGGGUAAAGAGGUGGACGUCAAGUGCAAAGCUUUUGGUAGGCCACCUCCUAAAGUGACCUUGAGAAAACACACUGCAGAAAAGGCAUACGUUAUAGGUGCCCAAGUUGACGAUGACAGAAUUGUGUUGAUCAAUAAACCUAACGAAGUUACUGGUGAAACUGUUGGUAUUUUGAACAUCAGAGAUGUUUUUAGAUCCAACGAUGGUCUUUACGAAUGUGUGGCUGAAAAUGCUGGUGGAAAAGCUUACAAAAAUGGUCACUUAACCGUUGAAUUUCCACCAACUUUCGCAUACAUGGAAAACAACACAACCUGGUCGUGGGAAAGUAGACCCGUCAAUUUGACUUGCAUCGCUGAAAGUAUACCAAACGCAACGAUCACAUGGACAAUGGGUGCCGAUAAAAAGAUUGAGGAUGUACCAGAAAUCAAACAAUUUGGUAACGGACCUAUUUCAACCCUUAUGAUCAUACCACUCGACAGCAGAUAUUAUACUACAUACAAGUGCAUUGCUGCUAAUCGUCAUGGCACCCGAGUACACAAAUUGGAAUUAAAAGAAGCAACUAGACCUAGUGAAGUAGCACAAGCCAAGAUGAUUGAAAUAACUGCUACUACGAUUAAAUUUGAUUUUGUAUUACCAUACGCACCUAAGGAUCUACCAAUCAAAAGUAUUAUCGUACAAUACAAAGAAGAAACACAGACUUGGGCUGAUGCUAGGAAUAGGACUUGGUCGAUAAAUUCCAUUUACGUACUCGAAGGUUUGAAACCACAGACCCCGUACGAUUUUCGAUUUGCCGCAAUAAACAAAGUUGGCCAAGGCAAUUGGGGUGGAUUUUAUCGCGAAUCAACACCCAUGAAGACGGUACCUACUGCACCAAAGAUCAUCACAAAUAAACUAGAACCAAAUGGAUACGACGUAUCAACGUUCAGCAAUCAAUACGAACUAUUUUGGACUGAACCAGCUGACAAUGGUGAACCCAUAGAAAAUUAUAUUGUCAAAUACUGUCAGGUAAAACGUGUGACUGGCGAAUGGGAAACCGAAGAGGAUACCUGUAAAACGUUAACCAUAAAGGGUGCCGGUAGGACGAAAUGUUGGAUACAGGAUAUACAUUCUGACACUUUUUACAUCGUUGAAGUUAGGGCACGAAAUUCCAUAGGAGUAAGCUUGCCUGGGGUUGCAAAAUUCAAGACUUCAAGGGGUCCAGAUACCAAAGUUGUACAUCAUCAUGGUCCUUUGAUAUCCAGUGCUGCGAUAAUUGGUAUUGUUAUCGCUGUUCUAUUCAUCAUCAUAGUGAUCAUCGAUGUAAUAUGUUGCUGUGCGCACAAAACAGGAAUCAUUUAUUAUGUAUGCGAAAGAUCACGAAGGAAGCCAGUUGAUGAAGAGGAAUCUAAACUUGGCAGAGACGAGAAAGAACCAUUGAAGGAAGAGAAGAAAAUAACACCGAUCAUUGAUUCAGGAUUACGUAGGGAAACGUCGGUAACCUUUGAUGGCAAACGAUCAGUUUCGAAGACCGGUUUUGUUGGAAAGGAUUCGGCCGUUUAGAUAUUCUUCCGGCGUACUAGAUUGUAAAAGGAUUCAUCCAUCCUCCUCCGCCACCUCCUCCUCCUCCGCCUCUCUCUCUCUCUCUGUCUCUCUCUUUGUUGAAAAAAGAAAAUUUUAGAAUUAAUUAGAAACUUUUCUCUAAUAAUUCUCUUCGUGUGUGUAUCUCUCUCUCUUAU